GAGCAGCACCACCAAAAUCCCAAGUCCUAAUUAACAACAGUAAGAUCAAGUGUGGAAGGGAGUGAGAAACACGCGCGGAUAGAGAGCGUGUGAUUAGUUAGGAUGAGAAAAUCCGUAUCGCAUCUCAUCUUCAACGGGGCAAAAGAAAGAUCCAUCGGCCAAUGGACUUGGUCUAUAGGGGAUGGUGGUGAUACGCUUGUGUUUUAAGUAGAUCGAUUGGGAAACCCAAGAACACAAAAAGAGUUCCUUUUUCUAAGUACCCAAGAACUGUUUGGUUCUUCUGAGUGAUUGGUUCAUGUGUCCGAGAUUCUGAUGAUUGGUAUUAGCUACAUAUAGGUUUCCAAAUUUUGUACUAGUGUUUGGGAUUUAUAGAGAGUAUGAGAAGAGGUAGAGGGAAAGGGAAGAAGCAGAGUGCAUCUACUCGGGAAGAUCGUGGAAGCGGUGAUGAAGAAAAGAUUCCUGCUUACAGGAGAAGAGGGAGGCCACAGAAGCCGAUGAAAGAUGAUUUCGAAGAGGAAGAAGAAGAAUAUGAUGAAGAGAUGGUAGAGAAAAUGGAAGAAGAAGAUGAAGAAAUUGAUGAUGGUUCUGUAACAAGUAAAGGUUUGAAGAAGGAGAAAAAGAGGAAGAUGUCUAAUGGAAGCAAUAUGGAUCUGAUUGAAGAAGAGAAUGGGUUAGGAUCGACAUCUAUUGGGUUUAGACCAGAUGGAAGCCGGAGGAAAAGCAAGCCGAGGCGAGCUGCUGAAGCUGUUGUGGAAUGUAACGGGGUUUGAGAAACCUCCCGGUGAAGAACUUCAAGAAACAGGAUGACAAAUUGACCUGAGGCUUCUUCUUUUCCUUCUUGUUUUUGCUUUUCUUACAAGUUUUUUGAAGUUGACAACUUAGGAUCUCUUUUGGUGAUUCAUGAAUCAAUGGCAUCAAUUUGCACUCUCUUCUUUCUUGUGUCUCUUAUUUUUUUGGUUUCUGACAUUAGCGUCCAAAGAUGGUCCCUGCAACACAUGAAUUUGUAAUAAAAUUUGGGAGAAUGUGGUUGACACUAUGAGAAUCCUCUA